GCGUCGCCGCGCCCCGCGCGCCCCUCCCUCUGUGCCCCUCCCUCCGCGCGCCCCCGGCCCGGCGCUAGGGCCCCGGCGGCGGUGGGUCUGGGCACCGCGCCUGUUCGUCCGCGUGGACCUGGUCGUAGUGUGCAGUGUCGCGCCUUCGCUAAAACCGGGCGGGAAGUAGCGGGGAUGGGUCAUCACCGGGAGUUCUGUGCCGCUUCCCGCCGGCCUUGGCGCCGGGGCAGGACUCGGCGUGGGAGGGGGCAAGGUGCAUUGUCCCGCGAGCCGAGGUUCGGCUGGGGAGUCGGAGAUUUUCUUUUUCCCUAAGAGGCCAUAGGGUUACUUUUAAUAUUUACUGGAACUCUUAAGAAGAAGCGUGUGUUCUCCACACUGCCUUUCCAUUUGCCCUGAUCAUAAUAAACGGCACUUUCCCAGCCUUGAUAUUUAUGGGCAAGUCACUGGUAGAUGAAGUAAAGAAAGGAAAAAAUUGGAGGUAAAGAAUACUCCAAAGCAGAAAGAUAGGGGAGUAUAUACAUCACCCCACCGCUGUCCAGGAAUCAGAGGAGGAAAUGCCUUUGAAUGAAGCAUGGUUCACAAACCUGGUUAGCAGCCAGGGUGGACACACACUUUGCAGGUAUCUUAACCUUGGAAACAGAGCAUGAUUGGCUUCUUUGUCAUCUUUGAAUAUGAGAGAGAAUCCUAAUUUCAGCAUGUCCUCAGUAGAGACCAACAGACCAAGUUUAUUUCUCCAAGAAGCCUCCCAAACCCUGUUGGAGUGGCAACCAUUUCCAGAAGUAAAUAAUGUGUCAGAUGCCUGAGGAGACAUCACAGCUUUCCCAGAUUGGGAGGAAAAAUAUGGAAUGUGUUUUACCGCUGACUGAACACAACCAAAUGAACUGUACUGACAGUAGUUUGAAAACCAGCAGUUAGCAGUUUGUUCAGACUCUAUCACUAUCCAGCACUUUCCAGAGCAAACUCACUGUUUACAAGAACUCUCGGCCUUACGAAGUUUAUAACCUCAAGCUUUGUUUAUUUAAAAUAUUUCUGCGAAAGAAAAGUACCUGAAGCCUAUUUUCCAAAAUGGCCAUGGAUGAGUAUUUGUGGAUGGUCAUUUUGGGUUUUAUCAUAGCUUUCAUCUUGGCAUUUUCUGUUGGUGCAAAUGACGUUGCCAAUUCGUUCGGUACCGCUGUGGGCUCUGGUGUGGUGACCUUGAGGCAGGCGUGCAUUUUGGCUUCAAUAUUUGAAACCACCGGCUCUGUGUUGUUGGGGGCCAAAGUAGGAGAGACUAUUCGAAAAGGUAUCAUUGACGUGAACCUAUACAACGAUACCGUAGAAACACUUAUGGCUGGGGAAGUUAGCGCAAUGGUUGGUUCAGCUGUUUGGCAGCUGAUUGCUUCCUUCCUGAGACUUCCAAUCUCAGGAACUCAUUGCAUUGUUGGUUCUACCAUAGGAUUCUCACUUGUUGCAAUUGGUACAAAAGGUGUGCAGUGGAUGGAGCUUGUCAAGAUUGUUGCCUCUUGGUUUAUAUCUCCACUGUUGUCUGGUUUCAUGUCUGGCGUGCUGUUUGUAUUGAUCAGAAUGUUCAUCUUAAAAAAGGAGGACCCUGUUCCCAAUGGCCUCCGGGCACUUCCACUGUUUUAUGCUGCUACUAUAGCAAUAAAUGUCUUUUCCAUCAUGUACACAGGAGCACCAGUGCUGGGUCUGGUACUUCCCAUCUGGGCAAUAGCACUCAUUUCCUUUGGUGUUGCUCUACUUUUCGCCCUUUUUGUAUGGCUCUUUGUGUGUCCAUGGAUGCGGAGGAAAAUAGCAGGGAAAUUACAAAAAGAAGGUGCUUUAUCACGAGUAUCUGAUGAAAGCCUCAAUAAAGUCCAAGAAGCGGAGUCCCCCGUCUUUAAAGAACUCCCAGGUGUCAAGGCAAACGAUGACAGCACAGUCCCUCUCACAGGGUCGACUGGGGAGGCAUCUGGGACCUCAGAAGGCACAUCUGCAGGGAACCACCCACGCGUCUCCUAUGGAAGGGCACUUUCCAUGACUCAUGGUUCUGUAAAAUCACCGAUCUCCAAUGGCACAUUUGGCUUUGAUGGCCACACAAGGAGUGACGGUCAUGUGUACCACACUGUACACAAAGACUCGGGGCUCUACAAAGACUUGCUGCACAAAAUUCACAUAGACAGGGGCCCCGAGGAGAAGCCCGCCCAGGAAAACAACUACAGGCUCCUGCGGCGAAACAACAGUUACACUUGCUAUACCGCAGCCAUUUGUGGGAUGCCGGUUCACUCCACUUUCAAAGCUGCCGACUCGUCCUCUGCCCCAGAAGAUAGUGAGAAGCUGGUGGGUGACACUGUGUCCUAUUCUAAGAAGAGACUUCGCUAUGACAGCUACUCCAGCUACUGCAAUGCGGUUGCAGAAGCUGAGAUUGAGGCAGAGGAGGGUGGUGUGGAAAUGAAGCUAGCAUCCGAGCUGACAGAUCCUGACCAGCCUCGAGAGGACCCUGCAGAAGAAGAAAAGGAAGAGAAGGACACUGCUGAGGUCCAUCUCCUGUUCCAUUUUCUGCAAGUCCUCACUGCCUGUUUCGGGUCCUUUGCUCAUGGUGGCAAUGAUGUGAGUAAUGCCAUUGGUCCCCUGGUAGCUUUGUGGCUGAUUUAUGAGCAAGGUGGAGUAAUGCAAGAAGCAGCUACUCCUGUCUGGCUGCUGUUUUAUGGAGGAGUUGGAAUUUGUACAGGUCUCUGGGUUUGGGGAAGAAGAGUGAUCCAGACCAUGGGGAAAGACCUCACUCCAAUCACACCUUCCAGCGGCUUCACCAUUGAACUGGCCUCAGCAUUCACAGUGGUCAUCGCCUCCAACAUUGGGCUUCCUGUCAGCACCACACACUGCAAGGUGGGUUCGGUGGUGGCUGUGGGCUGGAUCCGCUCCCGGAAGGCUGUGGACUGGCGCCUCUUCCGCAAUAUCUUUGUGGCCUGGUUUGUGACUGUCCCGGUGGCCGGGUUAUUCAGUGCUGCUAUCAUGGCUCUUCUCAUGUAUGGGAUCCUUCCAUAUGUGUGAUUUGUCUUCUUCCAACCAGUAAAUUAAAGGGAUAGUUUAGCGUGGGUAUGUGGAAGGUGUGUGCCCUCUUUUCUCUCUCUCUCUCUCUCUCUCUCUCUCUCUCUCCCUCUCUCCCUCUCUCCCUCUCUCUCUCUCCCUCCCUCCCUCUCCACCACACACACACACAUACACACACACCCCAGCCACAAACAGCUGUCUCCCAACCAGCUCUCCACAUCCUUUUCAAAUGGUUCCAUACCACACUGCUCACCCAGGCUGCAGAGAUUCAUCUUCCAGAGCUAACUUAACUACUGUACAUAGUAAUAUGUAUUAAACUGUUAUCGUGGUGAUAUAAUGUGGUGCAGUUACUUAUAUAUUAAAUAUAUAUUAUAUACAUAGAAUAGGUAGCAUUAUUUCAAACAUAUUCAAGAUGGGAGUGGAGAUUAUUGCCUAGAAUUCAAUACUCAAUAAAUCUUGUACAUAAUGAUUUCUGUGGCAAAUGUUAAGAAUUUUUUUAAAAGAAAGUACAGAUUGGAAAAUCUCCCCACCCUGUAAUGAUACUUUCAUCUUUAAUAUACUGUAAGAUAAAUGAGAUACAGGAUACACAGUACAAACUUGGGCAGGUGUACAUAGGCCCACAUGUGAUUGAAUAAUACCGGGACAGAGUUCACAAGUGCUUUCACUGAAGUAUUUGUUCAUAUACUAUGUAUGGAUUAUUGUGUAAUAUAUCAUAAUUGCUUUUGUAAAUACUUAAAAACUGUAAUUUUUUAAUGGUGUGCUUCCCUUAUACUUUUUUGAUCAGAGAAUUUUGGAAAGUACCAAAGAAGCAGGGGAAUAGUUUGCCAGUAUUAUUUUUUCAUGUUGUUGUACCCCCUUCUCAUUAACCUGGGAUGUACUAAGACCACCCAAGCUCUGACUUGCCCCAGAGCAGUGUGUGUGGUUGAGGCACCAGCGCGCAUCGUCAUGUCACUCUUGGAUUCCCCACCCCACCAGCACCACCACUGCUGCCACAUACCAGUUACUGGUCAGCCCUGCAGUGGCCUUUCAUUGUCACCAGCGUGGAGAAUGUACAGAUGUAAGGAUGUGUAACUAAACACUACACAUCAAGUCCAGUUUAAAUUUCCAUCCCCGUUCUCCCCUGCAGCUUGAAAAAAGGGAUUGUCUCAAACUUUAAGGCCAGUGAGGCUUUUUAUGUGCUUUGACAUUCUAGAAGUUCAGGGGCUGGGGAGUUGAAAUACUAAAGGUACACUGGGUUUGAGGAUUUCCUUGAGGCCUUUACUAAGUGGGAGAUCCUGAUGCUGUCUUUAGUCCCACUGGAUUCUCUACUCUUUUGAUAGCGGGAGGAAGUAUGACUAAUGUUAGAGCCUGAAACUAUGGAAAUGCUGCUAAAAUUUUUAUAUUGACAAACAUUUUCUCGGUACUUCAUUGUGAUUUUUCAUUAAUCAACCAUAUUAAAUUUAUAAUAAAAAAUGCCCCUCAAAAGUU